AUGACAGAGGAAGCCUUGUUUCCCAAUCUACAUUCCCCGGGUGAUCGCCACUUUGACCGGACUUGCAUGAACUUUGCCCGCUCCCAGCCGGAACCCAGGAAACUCAUGUGUGGAGAAGGGAUCAGGGAACAGAUGAACAUGAUCACCGCUUUCAUUGAUGCCUCCCAAGUGUACGGCUCCAGCUUCAAGGAGAUGAGGGACAUCAGAACAUACCACCUGGGACAGAUGAAGGUUACGGAUAAGAAUCUCCUCCCCGAGGACGUCAACGCCACCUGCGUCAAGGACAACCUGGACGACUACUGCUUCAAGGCUGGUGACGAGAGAGUGAACGAACAACCAGCCCUCACGGCUCUCCACACAGCGUUCCAUCGUUACCACAACAUGCUUACCCUUACCUUGAAGAGAAUCAACCCCCACUGGGAGGACGAGCGACUUUACCGAGAGGCCAGGAAGAUCCUUGGGGCAUUGCACCAGCAUGUCACCUACUACGAGUGGCUGCCCAUCCUGUUGGGCAGGACAUACAUGAAAGAGUAUGGUCUCACCGUCUCGGGAAGUGCUGACUUCCAACCCUACGGAUCCAACAUCUGGUACUAUGAUUCAAGCAUGAAUCCCACCAUUAUGAAUGCUUUUGCUACUGCAGCCUUUAGAUUUGGACACUCUUUAGUUCCCAGCAAAUUUUCGAUGGGUGGCCGUCGGGAGCUUCUGAGAAACAUGUUCAAUCGACCCAAGUUCAUUCUUCAGAAUGACGGGGAUGGCGUGAACCUCAUCUGUCGUGGUCUUGUGGGAGACCCGCUUCAACAUCCAGACCAUUUCUUCGCAACAGACCUCACUGACCGACUGUUUGAGGACUUCAACAACAAAAGUCUGGAUCUGACGUCACUGAACAUCCAGAGGGGCCGUGACCACGGUCUCCCCCCGUACAACGACUUCAGGAAGGCCUGCGGAAUCCCCGCACUACAGGACUACUCCACUCUGAAGAUCAACUUCCCUGAAAAAGCUAAACUCCUGUCUAAAGCUUAUGGGUAA